GGUAAAACUGGGUUCAUCAGCAAAUGUCAAGAGAAAUACCCUGGGGGUGGUGUCAGUAAAACGUAAAAUGUUUAUUAAAGAUAGAACUCAUCGGCAAAAUAAAUAUUCAAAAAUAUAUAAAACGUGCCAGGCACAACAUACUAUAAUUUUAGUAUUUGAAAUCAUACAUUUCUCAAUACCUGUUCUUUUCACAAAUGGCUAUCUGUUAGCUUGGCCCUAGAAAGAAAGUCUGUGUCCUCAAGGAGGGACGAUCAUGACAACUUGACUCGUUCACGAUCCUAUUAACCCCUACUCAGAUUCAUUUAAACAAAUCCAUUGCCACUAGCUAGACUGGAAUUCAAUUGUUUCAAAUCUCUCUACUACUCUUUAAUGGGGGCCUGAACUCAAAUGCACAAUAGGGGAAGCUGCGAAGAUGAACAAAGAGAAAUACAAAUUACAUUUGUUUAUCCUUUUUACUCAGCUUUGAGGUUUGUCCAGGCAAAGGAAGGCUGAGAAGUCAGCUUUUUAUAUCAACGCUCUGAAUUUAUUUAUUUAUUUUGGUUGGGUUAAAAAAGAAAGAAAGAAAGCCAAGGGAAAAAAAGAUAAUUUGUUCCUCGUCAACAACCCAUAAUGGCUUGUUUUCGUUUCCCGCGUACAAUUUCCUACCUUCCUUGAUGAAGGGCUGAUGGGGUAAAUAUUCUAAUCUGAUUCUCUUCACCUCCUGUGGAUUCCGAGAGACAAUCGUGACAGACCAAGAGUUUUGCAAAUCACAAGGAUCCGGCUACCAGGAGAGGCGGCCGUCUUAAUAAACAAGAAACAGCUCCAGGGCAGAUUCUCCCCACAAACCAGGCGCGCUGAGGCUUGGGAACGCGGGGUCCUUUUUGCCCCAUCUCCCCGCAGCGCGCACGAAAGUCGAAGCAAAAGUUCCUUUCUGGACCUUCCAAGCCCUCCCUCCUCCGCGCAGAGUUUUGGGGGAUGCCUGCUGGCAUGUUCAGCAUCGACAACAUCCUGGCGGCCAGACCCCGCUGCAAGGAGUCGGUGCUUCUCCAGCAGCAGCAGCAACAACAGCAGCAGAACUCGGCGCCCGUGGUCUUCUCGGCCAGCCUGCACGGCGGGGACACCCUCUACGGCUCGGCCGGCGGCGACUACGGCGGUUACUACUCGCGGGCGGUGGCUCCGGCUUCCAACUUGCCCGCCCUCGGUGGAUCUAGGCUGGGAGGCUACGGCAACUAUUACUACGGCCAGCUCCACGUCCAGGCGUCCGCGGUUGGCCCCUCUUGCUGCGGUGCCAUGCAGCCCUUGGGUGCGCAGCAAUGUUCCUGCGUCCCGGCCACAGGCUUCGAAGGUACUGGGUCAGUCCUGAUGUCUCCCGUGCCACACCAGAUGCUGCCCUAUAUGAACGUGGGCACGCUGUCCCGGACUGAGUUGCAGCUACUGAAUCAGCUUCACUGCCGAAGGAAAAGGAGGCACCGGACGAUUUUCACCGACGAACAGUUGGAGGCUCUGGAAAACCUCUUCCAGGAAACCAAAUACCCAGAUGUGGGCACCAGAGAACAGCUGGCCAGAAGAGUACAUUUACGAGAGGAGAAAGUGGAGGUUUGGUUCAAGAACCGCCGGGCUAAAUGGAGGAGACAAAAGAGGUCUUCUUCGGAGGAAUCGGAACAUGCCCAGAAAUGGAAUAAAGCUUCCAAAACAUCCCCAGAGAAGAGACAAGAAGAAAGCAAAAGCGAUUUGGACUCCGAUAGCUGAUACCUUUCCCCGAGCUUCCAGCUUUGCCGCGGGAGGGACUUGGUGUCUAUACGACUUGCACGGAGAAGAUGCUGAAAAUUCUUGCACAGACUCUGCCUUUGCAGGAGGAGGGAAGGAGGGACCCUAUAUAUCUGUAUAUAAUGUACACGACCCCGGGAGUGAUCCCUUUUAAAUAAAAUGUGUUGCGGAGGUGUUGCACA